CUUUAUGAUGACCACCCAGCACACAGCUUAUAGUCGUCUUCAUCCCCAGCAGCACCCAUCACCACUCUCCGAGCCACUGCAUCUACCUGCAUCUAGACACACAACUCUGACCAUGUCCAACCCCGCUCCCGUGAAACAAAAGGCCAUCUUCGAAUCCCUCACCGAGUACGGCGAGUCGGCUCUCGACAACGGAUGGCUUCCCGACGCUGUCCUCCGUCCCGUCAUCAGAAAGUUGAACCGUGUUCGUCUCGCCGAGAUUGACAAGGGUACCGGAGCUGCCAACCAUGCGGCCAAGAUGGACUUUAUCGCCAAACUGGGUGAACCCAACCGACCUCUGGCCGAACAUCAGGCAAAGGCGAAUGAGCAACACUACGAAGUCCCCACUUCCUUCUUGAAGCUGUGUCUCGGACCUCGAAUGAAGUACUCUUCGUGCUACUACCCAUCACUCGAAGAUUCGACUCGACCGGGCGGAGCCAAAGACAUCAAGUACGCAAAAGAGUCGCUCGCAGAGGCCGAAGAGGUCAUGCUCAAGAGCUACUGUGAGAAGGCCGGCUUGGGAGAGCAGGGUCCGGGACAGGGAGAGGGCCUCAGCAUCCUUGACCUCGGUUGCGGAUGGGGAAGUUUGGGACUCUACCUGGCCGAAAAGUACCCGAAAGCCAGCAUCAAGAUGUUGUCCAACUCGCGGACCCAAAAGGUUCACAUCGACGGGACCUGCAAGGAAAAGGGCUUUGGUAACGUCGAGGUGAUCACUGGUGACUUUACGCAAUUUGAUUUCGAGGAGAAGGAGCAGUUCACACAUGUGCUUUCUAUCGAAAUGUUCGAGCACAUGAAGGGGUACCCCCACCUGUUCGCCAAAGUAGCCACUUGGCUCAAACCUCGCGGCAAGGUCUUUAUCCACGUGUUCGUGCACAAGGACACGCCUUACGAGUUCGAGGACAAUGAUGGUUGGAUGAGCAAGCACUUCUUCAGCGGAGGAACCAUGCCCUCGUUGGAUCUCUUCACCUAUUUCCAAAAGGACCUCGUCCUGCAAAAGUCUUGGUUCAUCCCUGGCAACCAUUACGCACAGACUCUCGAAUCUUGGUUGCGAUUGCAAGAUUCCAACAAGACUGAAGGUAUGAGGUUGUUGGAAGAGGACGCAGAGCAGAAGGGAUUCGGUAAAGACGAAGGAAGGAAGAGCUUCUACAGAUUCCGCGUAUUCUUCUUGGCGUGUGCAGAAUUCUUUGCCAUGGAUCGCGGAGAGACUUGGGGUCUCGGUCACUACCUGUUUGAGAAGCGCUGAUCGUUGAAACUAGAAAAUCGAAAAGAUCCUCCUACCGCGACUUCCGCUUUUCUCUCUAGUCCGGCUCGAACCCGUCUAGAUUUCACAAUCAGGUUGUAUACUUUGGGUUAUUGGGAAAUGUUACAAUAGAUGUUGACGUCCGAAACAGCAGAGGGACACAUGGAUAUUCUCACGCGGAAACCAGCACCGCACCGGGAACAAAGCAAUGUGAAAACAAAGGAAGGUCUCGUUUCAUCCCGUCAGUUUCACCUCUGCUUCCUUGAUGUUUCGAAUCAGCCGAAGGUGCAAGGAGAUGGUCUGUAUAUACUCCAAAGCCGUACGACCAAUCUAGGGGCAGGGAGUUGAUGUGCG